UUCAUCGCCCGCCGUCGGACGCCAACGGUCCUGCACGCGAAUCGAAGCUACCAAAUAAAAUGUGCAAAUUUACCAAUCGAUUAUUUGUCUUGGUCUUGCUGCAAUUUAUUGGCUUGGCCAUGGCCAAGCCUCUGAAGACGCGCAGCAGUGCCAGCGAUUUGAUUGAGCUUUUAUACAAUGAUUAUGGGGACUAUGGCUAUCAGUUGGAGGAGGUUAACUAUGAUCAACGCCAGAAGGGCGAGGAAAAUCUAAAAUUGCGCCUGGAUGGCUUCUUAAUUGGAUUGCCAGCUCGUGAUGAUUCAUCCUGGUUGGAUCUACUUGCGGAAGAGUAUUUAAGUAAUGCGCUGCCCAAAAAGCCAGCAUCACCAGAAUCUGGAAAAAGUUUUCAAACCUUGGCUGAAAAAAAUAUAACGGAUGCAACGACUGCCGCAGUGGUAAAUAUGCCUGGGUCAAAAAAGGAUAUCGAAAGCCGACAACACGUCAAUGAUGAUGUGCCAAGCUCACCCCGGUUUUACAAAGUCGCACAUUCUGCAGCUUCUGCAAAUGUUCCGACGGACGCAAAUCUAAAACGCUACAAGAUAUAAUACUUAUAACGUUUAAAACAAUUGUAUUUUAUUAUUUGUAUUGUAAUUCGCUGAAUUUUAAAGUAAACUAAAAUCAUUUUGAAAAUA